UACGGGUGUUCUCAAGCUUUUCCUGUUUAUACAUAUCAUGUAGAUGACUGAGCUAAAAACGAAAGUAGGUAUUUCCCGUCGUUGGACCUGCGCCAUUUUGAUCUAACACAUUCCAGAUGGAUAAGGUCAGCUUAAGAAAAGAGGCUCGUAAGUUACAGGAACUGUUUCGUGGUCGUUUUUCCGAGGAUGAAGCGAUCGUUCUCAUUAGGGAAAAAGAUGGGAUAGCACAAGCUGUGGAUUUCAUCAACAAAGCUGACCCACAAGUGGUUCGAAAAUAUUUAAUGAAAUGUGACAAGAAAUUAAUUCUAGACCUGCAACGGGAUGCAACUAAAGUCGGGGAGGUAUUAAUCCGCGGAAUAGAUGUCUCCGUGCGGCAGUUUGGCUGUGAAGACUGCGACAAUUCCUGGUGGAGAAAAGUCCCUAUAAGAAAAGAGGUGUCAAGAUGCAAGAAGUGUCGUCGUAAGUUUGACCCAGUACCACGAGAACAUGAGUGGGGAUGGGCUAGGUUCCAGUGCGCCUGUGGACAUCAAUUUAGUGGAUUUGGUCAGAUGGGACAGCUGGUGUCCCCGUGUUACAAAUGUGGCAGGGACUGCGUCCCACACGGGAUCAUACCGCCGGACGGACGUCGCAAUCCAGGUGCACGCAGAAGUCGCCAAUUACAUUCCUGCAGCGGUGUCGACUGCGUGCACCGCUACGUUGCCCCUACGCCUCCUUUCGAAGUAGUGGCAAUACCGGCCGUCGUUCAUGUCCAUGACGUGUAUCAUGUACAUGAUCAUAGUCACCAAAACCACGAUCAUGCUAAUGACGUCGAAGACGAUGGUGCUGCACAACAGGGAAACGGGCCAGAUCGAGAUUCUCCACCCCCGCAGUGCGUCCACCCCUCGACGUCCAACAUGCGCGUGCGGUACCCGAGUCCACUGCACGUGAGCACGGGAUCGACGGUGAACACGUUCCUAUCCCAGGUGGACGAUGACGACAUAAUGUCACUGGCGGAGAGCUUUGCCACGAUGCCUACCAUCGAGGAAGACUGACUGCGGGGUGUUCGCAGGGCCGUACCUAGCCUAAACUAACUAGGGGACAGGCGCAGCUGGCGCGUAUGCAUGUAAUUUUGCAGAGACGGAUCCAGAGGGGACCAGGGGACCCGCUUCGUGAAUAUGUUCAAGUGCCUCUUCUCUUUUUCGGCUUUUGAAAAAAAUCAUAGGGAUGCCCUUUUGACGAUUUGGUCCAUGUGCCCUUGGUAAGCGCCCGUCUAUGAUGGGGCGUAUUAUGGUAUGGCGUUGCCCGUCCGUCCGUACGUCCGUCCAUCAGCCGCCUGUUUGUUAACUUGUUCUUGUCCGGACCAUAGCUUGCAUACACAUGCAUACAGGACCAUCAAGCCUGACAUGUAGGAACAACUUGCGAUGGCGGUGUGUUGCGUACUAUUACUAGGUCACUAUGACCUACUUUUCACAGUCUACUGCACAUAACAGUAAAUCCGUGUCCAGACCAUAUAUUGCGUACAGAUGCAUACAGGACAAUCAAACAUCACACGUAGGUACCACUUGGGAUGGCGGUGUGUUGCGUACUAUUACUAGGUCACUGUCUCCUACUUUUUACGGUCUACUGCACAUAACAGUAAAUCCUUGUCCGGAUCAUAUCAUGCAUACAGGACCAUCAAACGUCACA